AUGGAUACUGACUCACCAGCAGCCCAUUCUAGUGAUACCCCUAUUGCUACAUACAAGAAGAAGAAAGCCAUGCAAGCUAAGCUAGAGCAGAUAGAAACUAACCAGGCACUCAUUUUGAGCAUCAUUUCUCCACAGCAACCACUAAAAGCACCACCACCUCCACCAGAUGGCAAGAGCAAAGGAACCCAUGCACUUGCGGAAGCUAUUUUACAGCUAACAUCAAAAGGAAAGAAUUUUGCUUUAGGAUUUUUUAGCCCCGGAAAUUCCCGAUAUAGAUAUCUUGGAAUCUGGUACUAUAAAGUUCGAGAGCAAACUGUGGUUUGGGUAGCAAAUAGGAAUCAUCCGAUCAAUGGGUCCUCAGGAUUUCUAUCAAUUAACCAAUAUGGAAAUCUCAUCCUGCAUAAGAAACAUAAGCAGAAAGUUCCUAUGUGGUCUACAAAUGUUUCAGAGGAAGUGACAGGCACUUGUGUAGUUCAGCUCUUGGAUUCAGGAAACUUGGUUUUGAUCGAAGAAAGAAGUAAACAAGUCGUGUGGCAAAGCUUUGAUUAUCCUACUGAUACUCAUCUACCAGGAAUGAAGGUUGGGUUGAACCGGAAGACAGGUUUUCGCAGUUUCUUAACAUCAGGGAGAUCAGCAGAUGACCCUGGAAUUGGAGAUUACUCGAUUGAGUUGAAUCCAAAUGGAUCACCACAAGCCAUUCUUUACAGGGGUACAAAACCAUAUUGGCGAAGCUCCCCAUGGCCUGCAAAACAGUUCGUGGAUAUACGAAACGUCAGUUUUAUUAACAACCAAGAUGAGGCAUAUGUUACCAUGGAUGUCUUUGAUGCUUCUGUCAUAGUACGAGUCAAGUUGGAUUAUUCAGGAUUGCUUAUGCACCUAACUUGGCAUGAAAUUGAAGGCAAAUGGAAGAAAUUCUGGUCGGUGCCUGAUUAUCGGUGUGAGUCAUAUGGUUAUUGUGGUGCUUUUGGCAAGUGUGAUCCUGUAGUACAUGUUCGAAGAUUUGAAUGUGAUUGUUUACCUGGGUACGAACCCAAGAUUCCUUGGGACUGGAAUAUUCUGAUGGAUGGAUCUAGUGGAUGUGUUAGGAAGCGGCAAGAAUCAUCUCCAGUGUGCAGGCAUGGAGGAGGGUUUGUCAAAGUAGCAAGUGUUAAGAUUCCUGAUACCUCAGAAGCAGUUUGGUUGGGCUUGAACAUGAGUCCUAUGGACUGUGAACUGGAAUGCACGAGGAAUUGUUCAUGCUCUGCGUAUGCAAGCAUAGGUAUUCCUGAGAAAGGGACUGGUUGCUUGGCAUGGUAUGGCGAAUUAAUGGAUACAACUAUUAAUAUAGAAGAUGGAAAUAAUAUUUAUGUUCGUGUUGAUGCACUUGAAUUAGCUGAAAUUGCAAAACAAUCAAAUCAUUCUCUGGGGACGAAGUAUAAGUUGGCUGUUUUUGUAGCAUCUGUUGUUUCAUCCUGGUUUAUAAUCAUCUUAUUUUCAUAUUUGUGGUUCAAGAAGAAGGGUAAAAGGGUGAGGAACAAAUGGAAUGAAAGAUUGCUUGAUACAAUCAAUGAUGCUUACCCCAAUGAUACCUUGGUGGGAAAUGAAGGUAGAAUGAGUCAUCCAGACAUAGCAUUUUUCAAUCUCAGCACAAUGAUUACUGCGACCAACAAUUUCUCUCCAGCUAAAAAAGUUGGACAAGGUGGUUUUGGCUUGGUUCAUGAGGAUUCCAGGUUAAGUAUUAUCCAUAGAGAUUUAAAAACGAGUAACAUUCUAUUAGAUGCAAAAAUGAAUCCAAAAUUUUCAGAUUUUGGCUUAGCUAGAGUUUUCAAUGGUGACCAAAUUCAAGAAGAGACUGACAAAAUAGUUGGAACAUUUGGUUACAUGUCUCCGAAAUAUGUGAUGUUUGGAAAGUUUUCAACAAAAUCUGAUGUUUUCAGUUUUGGGGUCAUAUUAUUAAAGAUCAUUACAGGGAAGAAGAACAACAUGUAUUGUCAAGAGGAUUGUUAUCUGAGCAUGAUAGGGUAUAUAUGGCAUUUAUGGAGAGAAAAUAGACCAUUGGAGAUAGUUGAUUCAUCUUUGAGGGAGUCAUGUCCUCCUCAUGAAGUAUUAAGAUGCAUCCAGAUUGGGCUCUUAUGUGUGCAAGAAGAUGCGUUGGACAGACCAACAAUGUCAACAGUUGUUUUAAUGUUGAAUAGUGAAACUACUCUUCCUCCUCCAGGACAGCCUGCAUUCACUCUUAAAAAGUCUUAUAAUAGUUCUAGCUCAUCAGCAAAAAGAGAUGGGUUUUGUUCUGUGGAUGAGGAAACAAUUACUGAGGUUGUAUGUCGCUAA